GGUUUAAUUAGAUCUUUCACCAAUGAAAUCUAAAAAAUAUCCAUUGCUACAUUUGCUAAGCCAAAAAUAGUUAAAGAAAUAUCCUAUUCAUGGCGGUUAACCGUUAACACUACAUUUCUUCGUUCCCAUGAAAACCCUAAAAAUAUCUCCUUUCUUUACCCUUCCAAUUCCCAAUUCUCCCAAAUUCACAACAUUCCACUAUCACAAUGUUCAAUUCCAUUCUUCUUCUCGUUCCUAUUAUCCUUGCAUUCUUGUUUACCUCUGUCAAUUCAAUGCGGUUUAGCCUUCAAUCAGGUGACCCCAAAUGCAUCAGUGAGGAUAUCAAGGGCAACGCCAUGACCGUCGGUAACUAUUCCGUCCUUAAUCCCGGUGAGGGUCAUCCAAUUCCUGAUUCUCACAAGAUAACUGUCAGGGUCCGUUCGCCUUAUGGGAACAAUUUCCACUUUGGGAAUACUGUGGCUUCUGGUAAUUUUGCAUUUACAACAGCUGAAGCUGGUGCCUACACAGCUUGUUUUUCGGUGCCGGAACGCAAACCGCCGAUAACGGUGACAAUUGAUUUUGAGUGGAGAGCUGGUGUGGCUGAGAGGGGCUGGUAUAAGAUUGCGAAAAAAGAUCAUAUUGAAGUAAUGGAAUACGAGUUACAGAGGCUGCAUGACACUGUCACAUUCAUCCACGACGAGAUGUUUUAUCUUCGUGGAAGGGAGGAAGAGAUGCAACAUCUUAACAGAACGACUGAUAAUAAGAUGUUUGCAUUCAUUUUCCUUUCAAUCAUGGUUUGCUUGUCUGUUGCUGGUUUGCAACUAUGGCAUUUGAAGACAUUCUUUGAGAGGAGGAAGCUCCUCUAAGAUGCUUCACACGAGUUUUGCCGGUUUCGUUAGCUUGCUUCUCAAAUUCAAAUGACAGACUGUUCAUAAUGUAUCAAAAUUAUUUAGAUUGUAUUUUUCUUGUAUCAUAUACCAACAAUUUUAGAUUGUAUCAACAUUUUGAUGUAAAUUACGAUAUUAUAUAAUUUUAAUGUAUUUUUUGUA